UUACUCUAUGGUUUUGUGGUACCGGUUUUGUUAGUACUUAUUAUGUUCAAGGAAAAAUGUUUCAAAAUCUUAUUUAGGACCAUUAGAAAUAGAGUUGUAGUAUUUGAAAAACCUCAAAGAUUUGCUAGUAAUUAUGUCGAAAGUGUGCAGCCUGUGCAGAUGGCACACACUGUGCUGGAACCCCCUUCGCCCUCCGGAGCCAGUCCCGUGGUCAUCAUGCACGGCUUGAUGGGGUCGCGCGUCAACUGGAACUCCGUCUCCAGGAGUCUGUGCGCCAGCACUGGGCGCAAGAUAGUCACGGUGGACGCACGCAACCACGGGGACAGCCCCCACUCGCCCGACCACAGCUACCCGCACAUGGCCCGCGACAUCCGGCAGCUGGCGGAGCGGCUGGGCGCGGGCCGGCUGUCUCUGAUUGGCCACAGCAUGGGCGGCCGGGCGGCCAUGUACUUCGCCCUCAGCUGGCCAGAGCUGGUGGAGCGGCUGGUCGUGGUGGACAUCUGCCCCGUCAGGGUGAGCCCCAGCCUAGCCCAGACGCAGCGCUACCUCGCGGCCAUGCAGUCCUUGCAGCUGGACCCGGGCCUGCCCGUGUCCCAGGCUCGCCGGCUGGCCGACCAGCGUCUGUCCGGCGCCGUGCCGGACGCGGGACUGCGACAGUUCCUGCUCAUGAACCUAGUCCGCGCGAGCGACGGCAGUUCCUACAAGUGGAGGGUGAACCUGGAGUCGAUACUGCGCAACUUCGACCACGUGACCAACUUCCCGCAGACGGGCAGCAGCUACGACGGACCGACCCUGUUCGUGGCCGGCCAGCUGUCGGACUACGUCAGAAGAUAGUACGUACCGAACGAGAGACCGUUGUCGCAGGCCCGAGGACGAGCCUGCCGUACAGUCCAUCUUCACGUCUGCGCAGUUUGAGUACGUGGCGGGAGCCUCGCACCUCGUGCACAUCGACAAGCCCCGGGAGUUUGUCGCGAUCGUCACGCGGUUCCUGACCGCCGCGUAGUGGUUGCUGUCUCCGGUAGUUCUCUGUGUUCCGGGACCACAGUAGACAUGGUCAUUGGUGGAUGGACCUUACCUCAUCUUGAGAGUUGUAAAAUAUGUGAAUAAUCAUGUCAAAUAAUAUGUACAUAUUUUAAAAAUAAAAUUUGUGAUGACUAGCA